AGCGGCGCGGGCAGGGCUCGCCGCGCUGCGGCGGGCAAGGCUGGGGCGGCGUCAGCGGGCGCGCGGUGCCGGCUCCAGGGCUUUAAAGCAGCGUGUAAGCUGAGAUGCUACCACAGACAGCGGCGCGGCGGCGGCGGCCGCAGCAGCAGCUCCCCGAGCCGAGCCGGGCGCCCGCCUUUCGCCCCCGCCGCGCCGCGGGGCAUGCGAGCGGCCGCCCCGCGGCUCUAGGCACCCCCGGGCCCCAUGGCGACGUCCCGCGCCUUCCCCUUGCUCCUCCUGCUCCUCCUCGUCUGCCCGCCGGCGCUGCGGCGGGGGGCGCGGGGCGGCGGGCAGCGCCCGCGGGACUGCCCGGCGCCGUGCCGCUGCGAGGCGGAGGGCGUGCUGCUCCGCGCCGACUGCUCCGACCUGGGGCUCACGGCGGUGCCCGCCAACCUCAGCGCCUUCACCUCCUACCUUGAUCUCAGUAUGAACAACAUUACUAAGCUGCCCUCAAACUCCGUGCACAAUCUCCGCUUCCUGGAAGAGCUACGUCUUGCAGGAAAUGGGUUGACAUACAUUCCUAAGGGAGCAUUUGCUGGCCUUUUCAGUCUUAAAGUCCUGAUGCUGCAGAAUAACCAACUACGUCAGGUUCCUGCUGAAGCACUUCAGAACUUGCGCAGCCUUCAGUCUCUACGUCUGGAUGCCAACCACAUCAACUAUGUGCCCCCCAACUGCUUCAGUGGUUUGGUCUCCCUUAGACACCUGUGGCUAGAUGAUAAUUCUUUGACAGAAAUUCCUGUCCAAGCUUUUAGAAGUUUACCAGCACUACAAGCAAUGACACUGGCACUGAAUAAAAUUCAUCACGUACCAGACUAUGCUUUUGGAAACCUCUCUAGUUUGGUAGUUUUACAUCUCCAUAACAAUAGAAUCUACUCCCUGGGAAAGAAAUGCUUUGAUGGGCUCCACAGCCUAGAGACUUUAGAUUUAAAUUACAACAGUCUGGACGAGUUCCCCAUUGCUAUCAGGACACUGACAAACCUGAAAGAAUUGGGAUUUCAUAGUAAUAACAUCAAGUCAAUACCUGAGCGUGCAUUUGUGGGCAAUCCAUCACUUAUUACAAUACAUUUUUAUGAUAACCCUAUCCAGCUUGUUGGAAAAUCUGCUUUUCAACACUUACCAGAACUCAGAACUCUGACUUUAAAUGGUGCUUCGCAGAUAACAGAGUUUCCUGAUCUGACUGGGACUACAAGUCUGGAGAGUUUGACACUCACAGGAGCACAGAUCACCUCUCUCCCCAAAUCAGCUUGUGACCAGUUACCUAAUCUCCAAGUGCUGGAUCUGUCUUAUAAUCUGCUGGAAGAUUUACCCUGUUUUACUGCAUGUAAAAAGCUCCAAAAAAUUGACUUGCAUCACAAUGAAAUCGACGAAAUCAAAGCAGACACUUUUCGGCAGCUGGCUGCUCUGCGUUCUCUGGAUUUAGCUUGGAACAAAAUUAAAAUUAUUCAUCCCAAUGCAUUCUCUUCUUUACCAUCUCUGAUCAAACUGGACGUGUCAUCCAACCUUUUGUCCUCUUUUCCUGUGACGGGGCUACAUGGUUUAACUCAUCUAAAAUUAACAGGAAAUCAUGCCCUACAAAGUUUGAUAUCAUCUGAAAAUUUUCCAGAACUCAAGGUCAUGGAAAUGCCUUAUGCUUAUCAGUGCUGUGCCUUUGGAGUUUGUGAGAGCCACUACAAAAUCUCCAGCCAAUGGAACAAAGAUGAGAAUAGCAGCAUUGAUGAUUUUCACAGGAAGGAUACUGGAUUGUUACAAAUUCAAGAUGAACGUGACUUUGAAGAUUUUCUUCUUGACUUUGAAGAGGAUUUGAAAGCUCAUCAUUCAGUGCAAUGUUCACCUUCUCCAGGUCCCUUCAAACCAUGUGACCAUCUGUUUGGUAGCUGGCUGAUCAGAAUUGGAGUGUGGACCAUAGUGGGUUUGGCCUUUAUUUGCAAUGCACUGGUGACUGCUACAGUCUUCAGAUCUCUGCUGUAUAUUUCCUCCAUAAGACUUCUAAUUGGUUUAAUAUCCAUUGUAAAUGCCUUGAUGGGUCUGGCCAGUGGAGUAUUAGCCAGUGUGGAUGCAUCAACUUUUGGUAGCUUUGCUCAGUAUGGAGCAUGGUGGGAAAGUGGAAUUGGUUGCCAAAUAACUGGCCUUCUGUCCAUUUUUGCUUCAGAGGUUUCCAUUUUCCUCCUUACCCUUGCCACACUUGAACGUGCAUUCUCUGUAAAGCAUGCUACAAAGUUUGAAACAAAAUCCUCUACUGCUAUUUUAAAAAUAGCCAUUUUUUUUUGCUUUAUGUUGGCACUAAUCAUUGCAGUGAUACCACUCCUCAAUGGAAGUGAGUAUGGGAUUUCUCCACUUUGUUUACCAUUACCAUUUGGAGAACCCACUGCUAUGGGCUACAUGGUAGCACUGGUAUUGCUGAACUCCCUUUGUUUUCUGGUAAUGACUGUUGCUUAUACAAAGCUCUACUGUAGUUUAGAAAAGGGAGAACUAGACAACGUUUGGGAUUGCUCUAUGGUCAAACAUAUAGCCUUGCUACUUUUUACUAACUGCAUUCUUUAUUGCCCUGUGGCCUUCUUAUCUUUCUCCUCCUUACUAAACCUCACUUUUAUCAGCCCAGAAGUGAUUAAAUCAAUACUGCUAGUGAUUGUUCCACUGCCUGCAUGCCUAAACCCACUCCUUUAUAUACUUUUCAAUCCACACUUUAAGGAGGACCUCGGAAGUCUACGAAAGCAAACUUUGUUAUGGAAGAGAUCAAAACACACUAGUCUGAUCUCUGUGAAUUCAGAAGACAUAGAAAAACAAUCCUGUGACUCAACACAAGCACUGGUAACCUUCACAAGUGCUAGCAUAUCGUAUGACAUGCCUACCAGCGAUUCACUAAUGCCAUCAUCUUAUCAAAUGACAGAAAGCUGUAAUCUUUCAUCAGUAGCAUUUGUUCCAUGCCGCUAGUUUCAGUGGCAAUGAAGAAAGUAUCUAUGUUUACAAAAAUUUUAAUCCCAAAAGUAAAUAUGGGUGCGUGUAUACAGGCUAGAGAAUGGCUCUGAGCUAUUGUUACAUGUAUCAGAAAAAUGGACCAUCACAAAACUUGCAGCAGGCUGAAAAUCCAAUACAUGAGCCUUCUCAACCUGUUUAGGAAAUGCUGGGAUGAAAAGAGAAACUGAGUUGCCACCGUUCAUGCAGUUGUAUCAACUGUUCACUUUUAAAGUGGCACUACUCAGAAAAGGCAUCUGUUGGUCAAGAGCAAAAAUACCAUGUUAAACUGCUAAGUUUUUUCUUCAAAGCAUUACCUGGUAGAGUUUGUGUUUUGGGUUUGUUUUUUUUUUUUUUUUUUUCCUGUUUAUUAUCAUUUGAUCUUAAUACUUUUUCAGUUCCAUGAUUGUUUUUAGAAGUGUCUGUGUAUGGCCCUGAUUCAGCAAGGUAUUUAAGUGGAAGAGAAGUCCUAAAGGUUUCUGGAAAACAGACAGUGAUGAAGCUCCAUGUUUUAUUGAUAAUGCUCUUAAUUUAAAGAUUUAGUUGCUUUUGGGUUUGUUUUGUAGUAGUCGUCUGACUUGACAAAGCGUUUUUUAACUGUCAGCUAAAACAAUACAAAAUUAACAUGGCAGGAAAGAAGUUAGAAAUCCUGCCAAGUGACUAAAAUGUAAUUGUAAAUGGCAAGCACUGUCACACGGACACUUUUCUAGUGAGGUGCUGCACAGUUUAGUCAUGACUUAGCAUUAUUUCCAGAAUUACUGCUGAUAAAAUUGGCAGAUGACUCUUAGAAUUCAAGAGUGGAAAACACUACAUAGAAAAUCAUCAGUACAGAAAGAGUGUGCCGAAUGCAAAUAAAUGACACCAAAGGUACUUGUUUAGAAACAUUAAUUUAAGUCAUUUGUCUAGGAACAAAAAUUGUAAUCCUACUAUUGGUGUGAUCUCUAUCCUGUAAAGCAAUGAUUCUGAAAAGCCUCUAGUUUGUGGUUGCUAGUCAACUGAAGAGUUAUCCAGAAGGAUACAAUGCUCUCUAAUUAUAGACCGUGGAAUAUCAAGUAGGAGUUAAGAGGUUGUAUGAUCUGUGUCCUUACCACUGAUGCAAGCACUACUAGAAUAUUUCAUACAGUGCUGACAUCCACAUGCUGUGAAGAACACUGGAAAAUUGAAAAGGAUUUAAAUAGCAUAAAUUUAAAAAGCAGGUUAUCAAAGAAGUGAUUUGAUUACCAUUUAUUAGUAGCUACUAAUAAGGUACUGAGUUCAAGUGCAGAGGUCAAGAGGAGAAGUAAGGAGGAAUCUAGUAAGGUCUACUGGAAGCUGUCAUUAGGGAUAUACGGAAUAGAAAUAUAGGUAUAAAUUGUUGACAGGGAUGACAGUUACUGACUGGGACUACCAAGGUUUAGGGUGAACUGUCUGUUACCAAAAAUACGUAAAUUCCCGUUGGAUAUAUUCUCAAAAAGAGGUAUUGGGGGAGCUGUUGGAAAUCAGGGAAGUUUCAUGGCUUCAGAUUAGAUUAGAUUAGAUUAACACAGAGUUCCCCUCUGGCUUUAAAUUGUUAAUAUGUUGCCAAAUCAAGGCAUAUACAUUUACAUAUGUCAGAAGCAUCCCAAUUACAGCCUACUGUCAAAAUAUUUCAGACAACAGUGCCACCUUUACUUCCCUAGAUUAGUCUUUGACCUUGACCAAGCCACCUGCGGAAAUUCCAAUAUUCUUUUCUCAAAGUUGGCACAUUUUCAGACCAUUCAAGACACAGAAGUGCACAAAUUUAGAGAUUUUUUUGUUGUUGUUGUUAAGACUAGUUCUCUGAGCAAUAACAUUUAAUAUCCCAGUACUUAUUUCUCAGUUAAUGGCCACUCAAUUUCCAGGUGCCCAAGCAAUUUUUGAACAUUACCAAGGUUAGGCUAGCCCAAUAAUUAAGAUGAUCUCUGUUGUUCAUCUGUUAUUAUAUAUGUAACUUUCUGGCACUCAGAAGGUGGAUUUUCACAAUGAAAAACCUCUUGCCAAUGAUGGAUAUGCCUUGAUUUUCUUCUCCACUCACACUGGCAUAUUUUUAGUUUUACAUUUACAGAUGGCAUCAGUUGACUUUGGCUGACAUAUUCAUCCUUCAGGAAAAAAAAUGAACAAAUGCAGAAAUUAUGUAUGAUAAAGUCGGCUGUAUACUUAUCUCAAUCCUUUAUCUCCUGUGGUUUUUGAAGCAGUGCAGCAUACAGCUGGAGAAUGAUGCCUGAAACCACUUUGGAUUAAACAGAGGAUCAGUCAACCAUUGCACAAUACCUAUUACCAUGUUUACUUAGCUUUAUUUUAACUGGGAUCCAUCUGUGCUACACUGCUUAAUGUCAGUGAAAUUCCUUUCAGCUCACUAUAUUUAAGAAGUUCAUAAAGUGAUUUGAGAAGCAAAAUAAUGUUAUAUUUCUAAAGACUAGUUUGAGAAAGCUUCUUUUAUCAGAACUUUUUUAGCUUGCAGAAAGUCCUAAAGGCUUUGUGUCUUAUUUUUAUAAGCAUGUUUGAAAUAUUUUGAUCAGAUAUUUUAAACUUGAAAUUGUUAAAAUUCAUUUAAUAGAUUUUUAAAGUAAAAUGUGUAAAUAUAGAACUGUAUUUAUUAUUAAAGUGAAAUGCAGCCACAGUAAAGGACAUGAGAUUAAGGCCUGUACAGUUUCAUAUCGAUAUUUGCUAUAUUUUCUCCUCAUAUAUAUUACUAAAUUCAUUAUCUGUAAAUAAUAUAUGUAAAUGUGUAGUGAUUGUAAAUAGAUGACAUACUUCUUUUCCAUCAGUGUUCCAAACGUAUGUAAUUUGUAAUAAAAUGUGACUACACAGCAGAAAGCAUUUAAUCAGGGUGUAACACCUCAUAAAUGUGCAUGCAUCCUCAAUUCAUCAUUCCUAAGUUUUUCUAAUACUUACACUAACUUCCCCAGAUGUCUAAAAUUCUUGGCAAAGUUUAAAUUAUGGGUUGUGUGCUCUCAUUAGCUGUCCUGGGGAGCAAAAACAUGAAGAAUAGUGUUUCAUUUUAACACAGACUAAGUCUUUUUCUGAAGACUUCGCUCACUGACCCUUAUCAACAGAUUCUGCUUCCCACACACAUGCUAUUGAUAUUUCAGUAACAACCUCUGAGGGCUGCACAAUUGGCAUGUGAAACCCUCUCACCUCAGACCCUCUGACAAGGACAUGCAUCCAGUCACACGAUAAAUGCUCAUAAGUUACCUGGCAGGUCUUAUAUUAUACUGAACCACAUAAGAGAUGAGGGUCUGCUGCACUAGACUGCUGCUGUGGCUAUGUGAGAGACAGCAAAUUCUCCCAGAUGCUUCGUUUUCUCUCUAGUGCCCUACAUGGCAGACAAAGCUGGUCAGGGGAUUAGCAACCAGCUGGCAAAGUUCAUCUGCCAUGUAGCUGAGAUGCAGCAGUAUUGCAUAUCAAAUACAUGGGAUUCACAUGCUGUGGGCGAGGGAAAGGUGGUGCCCAAAGAAUGGGACUUGGCAAGAGUCAGGCAGCUCAGAUAGUUCUUCACUGCCUGUCUUUAUUCAACUAAGCUGUAACUUCUAGUGCAAUCAAGUCAUCAUCUAGGCAUCAAAGAAAGGCUAGACAGUGGAUGCAUUCUUCUUGGGAGGGACUGUAGGACAGAACGGUUUUAAGUGCUUUGUUUUUCAGAGAUCAUGAUUUUAAUGUCAUUUCUGUGAAGUAUCUAAAAGAAAGUAAAAUACCAGUAAAUACAAACUCUGAAAAAGCAAAUAAUCAUUUAGGCAGUCAAUCUGCAUAGAAAGUAACAAACUACAAAGAUCAAAAAUAAAUUAAAACAAUCCCAUAUGUAAAUCAAUUUUAGCAGGGGUAUGCAGGUCCUAAGCAAAAAUGAGAAGGGAAAGCAAAGCUGGAGUUGACUCAAACAGUUCAAUCAGACAGGCAAGUGGAAAAGUAGUAGUUUUGGGGUCGAGUCUCAACAGCCAUAUUAGGUGGGAGAGAAUCAGCAGUGAAUGGGGAUAAGAAAGGCAUUAUUUGUAGGAAAAAGAGUUGGAGGCGUGGCAAAGACAGUAUAAGACAAUGCAUGAGCCAAGGAAGAGCAAGGCCUUCAAGAGGCAGGAGAGAAAUAGGAGCAGAGUUUUAUGGGAUCUGAAGCAUAGUAGGGGAGUUUUGUGAGGGAUAGCUCAGAUUUCAUACAAAAGGACGGAAAGUGUGAUGGCUAACAAGAUAAAAAUGGUAAGAAAACAGGCAAUGAAGAGGUUUUCACCUACACCUGCUUCAUCUUGACAGUGUGAGACCUGGGGGGUGACGAUGGAGAAAAAGGAAGUUGCAUGAUUUGAGGAAGGACAUACAGAAAGGAAAGAGAGUAACUAGAAAGGAAGAACGGCCUGGUUAAUGAAAACCUGAAUGCAGAGGGGAAAGUCAGACAUCACAGUUAAAUGUCUCAGCAUAUGGCAGAAAGAUUUUUAUUAACUUAUUUACCAUAUAGUGGUAGGGCCUAAGUUCAGAACUUCGAUGUUGGGGGCAGUAUAAAAAGUACAGGUGAUUUCUGCCCUAAAGUGCUCACACUUCACAAGCAAAGUCUAAUCAUCACUAACAGCUGAAGGAGAAUUUGCAGCAGUCUUAUGUGAGGCAUCAUUUAGGUGUAGCAUCACCUAGAGAGCCACCUGUUCGCUACUCUGGCACACUGGAUAAAAUACAAAGUUUUAUUUGGCAAUCAGAAGAGUCCUCAGGCAAGCUGCAGAUAGGAGACUGGCUAAGGAAAGAGAACUAGUCAGCAGAGAUAAAAGUGAAAGCCAUAAAGAAGAUGAGAUCACCUGUAAAAAAAAUGGAAGAGGACAAUGGCUGAGCCUUAGAAGACUUUAGUGGAUGAGGAGCACUAAGAGUGAUGCUGCAGGAGAAACACUACCAGCUGGGCCUGCAGCUUCAGUCCUUGUUCUCACAAUGGGUGGGAUACAUCCCUGGGUAAUCUCUUGGAGUUACUUCAUCUUGAAUUGAGACCAACCACUUUCACAGUCCUUGCUGCUGCUCCCUUUUUGCAUUCUGACUUAGUGGCCUACCUGUAUAAGUCAGCAAGAAAGCUGCUGCCACAUAAAUUAUCAAACUAUUUCCUAUUCACAGUCUCUGUAAUAGGAAUUUCUGAUUUACAAUAUUGGGCACCAGUUAUUUCCUCAAAUUGUUACGGGAAAUGCUGAAAUAAUAAUGUCACAAUCAGACGUUUCUCUAUCAUCAGUUUAGGCUGCUGUAUGAAAGUUAAGGCACUGCUGAAAACCUCAUUACUCAAUCGCUUAAGGGAAAGCUCAAAUAGUUAAAAGGUUUGCAGCAAAAUUAACCAUCUUCCUACAGGAAAACACUGAAAGUCAAGAAAAUGGAGACAAAAGAGUAAGAACGUAAGUAUGGGAAGGCUAACAAAAAAGAACAAAAUUAAGAUGACAGCAGCAACAACAGCAACAGCAUUAGAAAAAUCCCUUCCAGAUCCAUGAGGUUUAAUAAUUGUGCAGAUCCUCAGCUGCUACAAGAGAACAUAGCUCUCACUCCAGUAGAGCUACACUUCUUCCAGGAACAAAUAAUGGAUCAACAACUCCACCAACAGCAAUCACCAUCUCAUGUUCAUUUUCAAAACACGUACCAACUAUAAUUAUUAUAGGGACAAAUUUAUCAUUCUCCAACAGUGUUACUGUAAAAAAAUAGUUUGGGUAUUAUUGUUUAUUAUCCAAACUAGGCUUAAGAAAUCAAUUCAGCUCUUAUCUGUUUUUGCUAGAACAGAAGCCCAGCUAUACAAGAUUUAAAAUUUUAAAGGAGAAUGCAAAUUUGCCAAUGCUAAUAAAUAAAGUACAAGAACUUCCAUGUAUUUAUACCCAGCACUUACAACCAUGCUAAAGAGAAAAGGCAAUAUGAGCUUUAAGAACAUCUUGUUCACAUAAUGAGAAUCACAGACUUCUGCUUCAGUGACUCUGGAGACAUAGGAAAUACGAGUACCUUCCCUUUAUAAAACAAUUUGUUGUGGCAUUGUCAAAAUUAUCUAAGGAUCCAAUCUCAGUCAUAGGAAAAAAACAAACAUUAAGAAUAUUCCUCUUGAGAGCUGGCCUGCAGCCAGGAUUUCUAAAAAAAAAUCAGUCACAGACAAAGAGUCCACUCAAAAUCCCCAUUUAAUCUUUUCACAGGUGGCAACACUUUCCACUUGUCAAGCGAAAAAUAUGCCUUCAUUAACAAGGGAAAAAACUGUUCAUCUGUGAAACUAAAGACUUCCACUAAGUAUUAUGUGUACAUGUACCAAGAAUCUUCUCCAACUGGCUUUAAGAGUCUCAGGACUCCAAAAUAAUUAAUAAUUGAAGGAAGUUUCAAACAUCUCCUUUUUCAUCUGGAGUCAUUCUUGAUAUGUAAUCAUUGUUUUGACAGAUGUCUGCAGUUAUUAAUUUGGUUCCAUGCACAGCAAGAGCUUCUCAAGACUAUCUACAGAUUUCCCUGCAGUUAUCAGCAUUUCCAGUUUAUGAACUGACCUUUUGCUUGAGGAAGGAGCUCUCCUGGCCUUCUAAGAAAACAAAAAAAAAAAGUAACUAGGGAGAUUGUUCUACUAGAAACAGAGGUUUCACCUCCUGUAGCAAGUAGCAUGACCUCCUGUGAAAUCCUCCUAGGCCUCUUUUCUGGUUCACUAUGAAAAUGAACUCCAGAAAGUCUUGGGCAGUCAGGGAAUGAAAUCAAGGAUAUGAAGUCAGUCUGAAGUCUGCAACAUUAACAGGUGUCUUAGUACUUCUCUCCUUCAGCAUAGUCAUAAGUCAGAAAACAAAAAAAGGAGCCGGGAUCACUGUUCCAGAGAAGUCAGUAAAAGAGACUGAUGAGAACAUGUCUAAACCAUGGCAAACAAGCCAAGUGAAGAUCCAGCCAUCAGCCAUCCAUGACCUGCCAAUUGUCUGCAAUUCAAGACCUUUUCCUGCAGCAAGUCUUCUCUAGACUUCAUUGGUUCACCUUAGUUCAUGCAACAGAAAAAUCAUUCCCUGAGUUAAGUAAAUGCUCUACUGUGAACAAGAAGGAUGUAAAGUUUUGCUGUAUUUGAUGUGUACUUGUCCCGGUAUACAUAUAUAUAUAGGUCAGUCCUGCAUAUUGUUACAUUUGUCCUUAUUCUUUGUUGUAGGUUUGGGCAAUUGGCAAUAUUAUGGAGUUCAUGAGAUUUCAGCAUAUUCCUAAAUACUAAGUUGUAACUACAUACAGAUUUUAUACACAGAUUUCUCUGAGCUAACUAUUCCUCAAGGAAACUGGCUAUUGCUUACCACCAAGGUGGCCACAGAUCCAUGUAUUUUCUCCCUUGUUUAAUGAUGACAUGGUAUAUUUGAUGCUUGUCAUAUUCAGUAUGACAAGGCAGCAAGGUGCAAGGCCCAUUUGUAGAACCAAAUGAGACAGAAAGCCAUUUCCCCAAAAUUGGUUUUAUAUACUUAUCUGAAAUUUCACCUACAGCUGGUUGGGAAAGUGUAGGAAGCUGGAAGAGAACAAUAAAAUAUUAAUUUUUCCACUGGAUUUGUCUUUAGUUUGUAAAAAAAAAAAUAAUAAUAAUAAUAAUAAUACCAGCACAAAUCCAUCUCCAGAUUGCUGAAUACAGAGAUGCCUGAGACGCUCCAGCUGCCAGAAUGGUCAUAACUUCUGUUCAUGCCUCAAGAUCUAAAAUCCAUCAUGCUAGGUCAUAUCCCAAAAUACAAAACAAUACAGCAAAUCAAAUUUUGCAAGUUCUAUCCUUCAAGAAAGUAUCUCGGUUCAGGACUUUCAGGAACAAUCUUUAAUCCUGCAGUCUUCAUACUGGCCCAAUUUGUUGACUUAAGGUUUAAAAUGGCAAAAAUAGGACUAUGUUCAUCAGAGUCAAUUUAACGUAGUCCAUUUAACUAAAGUAUGAAUUUUUUUUAUUCAUAAUUCAUACUUUUUAAAGUAUGAAUUUUCCCCAUCUUAGGCAGGCUUUAGGCACUUCUUUUAAAGUACAAUCUAACUCCAGAGACAACUAAAGUUAACCAAGUCUUCCUGUUUAGAAAAUAGGAUCCCCAGGUGCCUAUGCAGAAACACCUGUGUAUAUUUUAAAAUGUCCUAAUACGGGAAAAUAGCCUGACUGCAUAAACCCAGUGAGGAGGGGACAUUGUUAGAGAAUAAGGAUACUUUCCAGGCACUGUCCCAUUCAUUUACAACACACACAUGUGAAAUGUUAUCUCCUUGAGCGCAUCAAUGGACAAUUCCUCUGCUCGCAAUUCUAGGCCUCCUUCCAGUCACAACCUCACCUAAAAGUUGUUGCCUUCCUCUACAGCUUGUACAGCAGCUACUUCUCUGGAUGACCCUGGUACUUCCUCCUUGCAAUCUCCAACUGCUUCUCUUUCCCACUCCCUCACCUGCUCUUCCUGCUAAAUAAUACUCAGCAUGUGCCUCUGGCCUAUUUAGUUUAGUUUUCAGGCUGGCUUUGCUCAUGUGGGGGCAGGCACUCUUGUUUACAUUUAUCCAGGUGAAGGAGACUCUAUUACUUGUCAGCUUGAAGAAGUUUUCCUCUAAUCUACAGAAUAAUAAUAUGAAUUAUUACAGCAGUUGAUGGUAUAGAUUGUAAAUGAUUCAGCCAUGGUGUCCUGCACCCACGGAAAUACUACUGUCAUCAAGUCAGAACCUGCUGACACAGAGGCAUUUACAGCAAUCGCUGUCACUCAUUGCCACUAAUAUAAAACAACUGUGGCCACAGGCCAGUCAAUUCAAUUUUUUCCCACUUACAUUUGUGGGUAGGUUUGUGUUGCGAUCUGCAAAACCAGCCUAAAAGCAUUUCAGGUAGCUGUGUUCUACAAGGAGAUGAAGACCUUUUGGUUCCAAUAUUCAUUUUAAGAACUUGAAUUCUGCCAAUGCCUGGUGUGACAACUGCUUAACUAGGUCUCUCCCUGCCAAUUUUCUGUAACAACACUUCAGAGUGGAGGUGGAAGAUUUUCUUCUUAGUUUCCCUAACACUUCUAUUUUUUUCUGUUUAUCAGCAAGAAAAGAGAUCCAUUCAGAAUUACAUUACAUCCCUUACUCAGUAGAUUUCCUAUAAAAAGGACCAUCUUCUAAUAAGCUAUGCAAAGUCAUUGCAAAUAGUCUACCCAAAAUACGAAAAUAUGAAGGCGCUUCACUCACACAACAAGAUCAUGAACACUUGCUUUCACUUUUGAAUGGUUUAACUCUAAGCUAAGGAAAGGAAUCAGGGUCUGGCUAAGAAUUUCCUGCUGUUUUUUGAAAAUGUAGGUGUGGCCCAACAAAGAUUUUUUGCAGAAAAGGGCCAGUUUCCACACAUCACUCAAUUAAAAGAAAUAUAUACUCAAAGCACUGUGUUCCAAAAUUUUUGAAAAAUCAAAAGCUGCUUUUUUUCUACUCAGAAUGUUUCAGUUCAAAAAGUAAAUAAUGAUUUUUUAAAAAAUAAAGUGAAAACUUUCUAGUGA